CAAAAUUUGCUGCAAGGCAACGCGCCAAACAAAUAACUAAUAGAUAUCAACUAUAUUUUUAAAUGGCGUCAGAAGAGAAGUUGAGGCAAGUUAUGAGGAUAAAGAUCAUUAGUAUGGGAGAUGCUGAGGUCGGCAAGAGCUGUCUGAUCAAGAAGUUCUGUGAGAGGAAAUCCGUUGUGAGUUACAUUCCCACAGUAGGAAUCGACUACGGAGUGACAAAAACAACCGUGAAUGGUCAGUUAGUGAAAGUCAACAUAUUUGAUAUGGCAGGACAUCCUCUCUUUUACGAGGUUCGGAACGAGUUUUACAGAGAUGCCCAGGGAGCCAUUCUCGUGUACGACGUCAGUCUAAGAACGAGCUUUCACAAUCUACAAAAUUGGUUGGACGAAAUGAGGAAAGAAAUCGGGUCUCAAGUCGAUGCGGACAGUCUUGUGGUAUUCGUUUGUGCCAACAAGACUGACGUUGGUCGUCGUCAGGUC